AUGUUUAGAAUAAGAGAACUGAAACCUUUGUACAAUUUGCAGAAGCAUUUUAUGAGUUCCUAUUUAAAUUUCAAUCGAUAUACCGUUAAAAGAAAAACAUAUAUCGCUGCUGUGGAAAAUAAAUAUACAUAUAUAAUUUUGUUAAAUAAUAUAACGCAUUUAGGUGAGAAGGGUGAAAUUAUUAAAGUGAGAAGAGGACACGCUCGCAAUCUAAUUAAAGAUAGACGAGCAGUGUAUGCUACUUAUGAAAAUGUAGAUCAUUAUGCAGAUAAAGGAAAAUAUAAAAGAAAAGAAAAGAUGAAUAUAAAAAAAGGAGUUAUUAUAGAAGAAGAUUUUGAAAAAUAUUUUACUUAUUUAAAAAAUAUAGAUAUAACUAUAUAUUUGGAUGUAUAUAAAUAUACGAAUAAUGUAUCAUACAACUUAUAUGAUUUUUUUAAUUACUUAUCUAAGAAUUAUGAAAUCGAUUUAACAUAUAAAAACUUACAUAAAAUCAAUUAUUAUAAAAAUACAGAAAAUUAUCAUAAUAACAAAGGUGAACAAAUAUAUUCAGACAUAACUAAUGUUAAUGAUUUGAUAAUACAAAAUAAUGUGUUGUUUAAAUAUACAGGAAUAUAUCAUAUAUAUUAUUAUCUCUUUAUGCCAAACAUGAAAUUUUUAAACGAUAUCAUUUUUAGGAUAUCCUCUCUCCAAGAAUAUGAGUUGCUCAAGCAAGAGAAAAAUACCAAGAAGGCUGAAAUUGUCUAUAGCAUUUAA